CUGCUAUGGUGAGGUGUGUCAGCGAUGACGGAUGUGGAGGCGACCUACGAGGACUUCAUCACCCCUUGACGGUCCGGUCGCAGGAAUGCCAUCCAUGAAAUCCAAACAGCCCCUGGAGUUCAGGGACCCACUGACCUGUCACAGAGUCUGGCACAGCUCAACAUCAACAAAUCAGAUGAUGAGGGAGAAGACACUGAGAAAAACCAGGAUUCUCCAGCUAAAGAAGAGGAGAAUCAAGUUGAGGACAACUAAACAGCAAAGGGCAGUAGACAUUUAUGGACUCAGACAACCAAUUAUUUUUGUCUACCUGAUCCCUGAAUACUAGGCCUCUGACUGGCCAGUUGCAAGUAAUGACUAUAAACCAUCACAGCAAAAUCCUCUACUGCCACCAUCCCGCCAUUGGGAAGUCAUCACUGUGUCAACCACAAUGCAGUUUCCUAUCUGCUCUUCAAUGUGUUCCAAUUUCCUUAAAAAGCAUCCUUUCAUUACUGCCUUUCCUUUAUGGUUGUUGAUAUGAGAUUGGAUGUGAUGCAUGAUGAACGCACCAUGACAUCAACAACCAAAACCAGCCCUGUUUGUCUGUCUGUGGUACUAAGAGGAAAGGAGAGAAGGGAACACUGGCCAUUCAAGGAUUUUGGAGCAGGCUUAAGUGUUUCAGCUUAAUUACAAUUUUGUCUCCCUACCCCCCUUGCCUAUAAUCAAUCACUACAGGUGUGGCUUAAACACUUCCAGGGAACCCAGGAUAGCUAUUGGACACCUCCUCUUCGUCUGCUCUUAUUGUAUCAACAACUUCACACGUGUACUUUCAAUAUCAGUGCUCAUUGUUGACUACUUCCAAUCUCCCUCAAUGAUUUUUUGUAUGUUUGUUUAUUUUUGGCUGGCCAUGGAUCUAGCUCAAUCCAUCUACUGAAUUUUGGAAAACUCGCUGACCAUCUUACAACUGUACUUCAAUGUCUCAAAGUUAAACUUAACAUCCCAAGGGAGGGCACUGUAUUGUAUUUUUGGUUUGUUUAUCUGUGUCAUGGAUAAUAUCUCAGACACUGCUGAUUCAAUUUUUAAAGAAACAUGGGUAAAUAAUGUUGCAGUUUGGCAUUUUAUUAUUACAUUGAUUGGUCUGACAAGACCAGUUCUAAUCAGCUGAGUCAGGAACAUUAUUGAUCUGCUCUUUCACUCUGUCACAGUGGUCAAGGCAAAGGUUUAAUCAAAAGAGCAAGUGUGUUCUGUUUCACAGGCCGACUUUCCUGUUUUUGGCUUUGCCGUUAUACAGCAACCCACAACCUUUAGUAGCCCUAUUUGUGUUCACUGUCAGGCCUGACAGAUGCAGCCCAUGUCUGCUUCUAUUAGAUAAUGCAUAUUUUCCUUCCUGAGUACAGCCUUUUAAAAUUAUUUUGUCACCAAAGCAAGUCAUCCAUACUGUUGUUUCUGAUUUUUAUUUAUUCAAAACAUUGUAAAGGUUUUGUUCUAGGUCUUUACAUAUAAAUGGGAAAUUAUUUUCUAACAUUCAGUAUUUUGAAAUGAAACUUACUGAUGAUUUACCUAACUAUGAUUUACAUUUUGUAACUUUGUAUAAGUAACCUCAAAUAACCUUAACCUCAAAUAUUCUUUGUUUGUUUUUUCUUUUUGUAUUCUACAUACAAAAAGUGUCUAUAUUACUGCUGUAUCCUGGUUAACCAACAUUAGAUAAAUAUAUGGUCAUCUAUUUAGCAUAUCCAAGUAUGUCUAUGAGUGUGUUUGUUUUUAAAUAUGAUUUGUUUAUGGUGGAUGUUAAGACAAAGAGUUUAUUUGCUGCUGGAGAUUUAAAAAAUUGCAAUACUGACUGCACUGAAGUACACGGGUGUGUUAUUAGGAAACUUUCCAAAUAACACACGGAUUCUCCGAAGUCAAAGUGUUUUAUUCAUGCAGCAAGGAGACAAGUCAUACAGCAGCACAACACAGUACAGCAGCAAUGAGUGCUUGCUAGUUCUUCUGCCAUCCUUUUUAUGUGCCAGAUAGGCAGAGGCUUGUAUUCUCGCUGACAUAUAUCAAUAUACAUGGUGAAGAUAAUUCUUUGCUUAUCAUACAGGAAUAGACAAGUGAGAUGGCCUUGAGGAGAUGGCCUCUCCUGA